UCAUCAUUCUGUUACGCUUUGUUGUUGUUACCUAAUUACUUGCCCUGAAACACUGAACCUGAUAGAACUUCCCAAGGGGCAGGUCUAAACCAGAGGUGGAAAUUCUCUGGCAGCAAUGAACAUUUCAGAAUGAAGAACCCGCUGGCAGGUUGCACGUAUGACAGAGCGUACCAAGAUCUGAAAGGGUUUUCCAAAAAUGGAGAUAACUUCUGCAAGCAACUCUUGUCCGUUCUUCAGCAGAGAGCUAAUUUGGAAAUCACUUAUGCUGAAGGACUGGGGAAGCUAGCCAAGAAGCUUGCCAAGGUGUUGGACAAGAUGAAGGUCAAUUAUAUUUGCGGUGCCUGGUAUUGUGUUUCGGAGGGGAUGAAAUCAACAUCUGAUUUGCACUGCAAACUUGGCAAAGCUAUUCAGACAGAAGCAAUAAACCCAACAAAACGCAUUCUGGAUGAACAUGAGAAGAAGAAAAAAUCACUAGAUAACACGGUGGAGAAGACAGCGGACGUGGUUGUCAGCAACUGGCGCCAACAAAUAAAGGCCAAGAAGAAAUUAAAAGAACUUACCAGGGACCAUGAAGCACUCUUCCGAGAUACAGAAAACUCCCACCCCUUGGCUUCACCGAAGACCAAACAAAAGUUGCUCAGAAACCUGGAGAAAUCUGCAACAAAACUGGCAAAAGAUGAUGAAGAUUAUUACAAAAAGAAUUUGGCCGCCUGCGAAACUAGAUUAACAUGGGGGACCACUUUAGAAAACUGUCAUAAGAAUAUUCUCGAUCUUGAAAAGGAGCGGCUGCAUCUUCUGUGCAAUAUGCUGAACUGCUACAGCCAACAUCUUUCCAGUUUUGGACACAGCCUAAUUGCAUGUCACACACAGAUGCACAGCGCCGUCGGCAAAGUUGACACUGAAAAGGAUGCCCAGAUGUUGCUGGGAGAAAAGGCAAUGUCUGUUGAAGAGAACAAAACAGAGUUCUUAUUAACAGACUAUUAUGAGGAAGAUUCAACAAGCUUGAUUGAAAAAGAGAGGAGGCACGCUUCCAUCAAAGCUAAAGUACUACGUCUACAAAAGGACUUAGAAAAGGCCCUGCAGGACAAGAGAGGACUGGAAAGGAUGUUUCAAGCAUACCUGGACAUGCCACAAUUUUCGGAUCCAAAGAACCAGAAUGAGAUCACCGAGCAGCUCAGCGAGGCAACUCUGAAAGUUAACCUUUUACAAGCAAACUACUUCAAGUUGGGCAGCCUUCUAGCAGAAAUGGAACAGAAACCGAAACCAACGGAACCCUGGAACAACUGCAUUUCAAAAUGGAAAGAAAAGGAUUGUGUACAUAGUUCUGUGAUGAUCACUUGCCCUGUCAAAGUGAAAGACUUCGAGCAAACUCUGAGCACCCGGGUGGCCAGUGAAAGAGGAAGCAACCCAAGUUCUCUGUCAGCAACUGUCUGCAAUUCAAAUCCAACGCCCUCUUUACGUCCAGGGAAUAGCGAUGCGGCACACCCUAUGUGUAUAGCUUUGUACGAUUACCAGACUGAAAGAGAAGAUGAGCUUUGCUUGAAGAAAGGUGACGUUAUCGUAAUUCAUCAAAAAGACGACGACGGAUGGUGGCACGGAUGCCUGAAUGGGAAACGUGGUAUUUUUCCAGCAACAUAUGUAGAAGAAAUCUCUCCCUGUCCUGAUGAGAGUCUACCUACUGAAGAGGCUUCAACAUGUUAUUAAAAUGUACAAACCAGACAAUCAUAUCCAGGAUAGCUCGCAAGUCCAAAGUAUAUUAUGGGUUUAUUUAAUGACGCCCAAGCUCUGAACUAGCAAGCUUUUACUCUUGAGCAACUUCCUGUAUUACAGGACUCUGUGGAAGAGUUAACCUUUCCGCAUUUGGUAGAUCCAUACAGUAUCAUGUUAAACCCCCUCUUACCAAAUUUCUUCCGAGCUAGUACUUUAGCUAUGAUUUCAACACCAGUGGGAGCAUUAUUUUGACUUAUGAUUUAUUAACUACUUCCCAACCUCUCCAUUCUGGCUUGCAGAGGAUUUAAGGUGCAAGAGGGACGGAAACUUAUUCCUGUUGCUAAAAGCUUACUGGGGGAAGCAGAAGGAGACAACAGUCCGGUCUUAGGUGUAGUUUCUGAUACUGCAAAGCUCCACCUGCAGCAGUCUUUAGGAACAUCCUACCCCCCCAGGGAAAGUAGAGAGAGCAACCCCCCUCCCCACCACGUACCUAAAAAAGCAGUGUGGCGCAGUAGUUGAUGUCAACAGGGAACAAAUCUGAAUUCUACCUAUGAAGCUUACUGGGUGACUUUCAUUCUCUCUUAACCUUAGCUACCACACAAGGAUUGUUGCAUGAGGGGGAAAACAGGGAUUCUCCAUUCCUUCCACUGUCGUGGAAGCUAGCCAGAGGUGCAUGAAGGAAUGGUGGGAUAUGAAUACGAAGGACAAAUGAAGCCUGUAAUUUUAGCGUAGCUCCUGUUUUGAUGUGAGGAUCCCAGAACUUUGACUGGUCAUUGGAAGUCAGAGGUGGCCAUGCGCCCCACCUCUCAGUUGUUUUUUGACGAUCACACAACUAAAAUAAUUCUAUUGUAUCCAAUAAAUCUCUUUAUUCUCUCCCCAAGUAAACGCUCAAAAUCAGUACGAAGGCAGGUUUACCAGUAUUUCAAGACAUCACUUGUAUGACAAAGCAAUGAAGGCUUUCCUAAUGUUAGCAAUGAAUGCAGAAAAGUUGUUGGUUUCUCUCACUUUUAACUGCAGUUCUUCUAUGCAGCCCAAGGGAGGGGAACAGGAGAUCACUAGGAAGAAACAAAUGAGGGGAAUAAACAGUCUUGCUUUGACAAUGAGGCAUUCCGCAGCACAAAUCAAGGCAUGUACAGAAAUUCCCAUUGUGUUUGGUGGUGCUGCCUCCCAGCUCAGUGUGCACAGGAUUGCACCCUGCCAUGUGGAGACAUGACUCAGCACAGUUUUCAGACAGCUGUAGCAAGAACAAUCCUGUGCGGUCUUAACGACUGAGUCAUUUUUAUUAUUAUAUAACCUUUUGUGACCAAAAGCUUAUUUUCAGUCCUAUAAGGGAUGCUCACUAGGCAGACUUCGUGAGGUCUGUAUGCAGGCAUACACACUCGCAUUUAUGGGUGUGUGUGGGGAAGAGCUGUAAACAGCAAAACAAAGGAGGCUGCGACCAACAUUCACUGCUAUUGUGAAUAGUUUGUCCUUUUCGUGACCACAUUAGAAUUUUAACACAAUUACGUCUCACCCUGUUCGCCUUUCAUUACAAAGUUUUUGACCCUGCUGUUUACAGUUUCAAUAACAUACAUAUUUUAGAUCUAUAAAUAAUUUGCAUGUCAACGUGUCUGGACCCCCCACUAAAAUGUCUUUGACAUAGUAAAGCUUAUGCUAGAAUAAUAAUAAUAAAAAAAAAUUUAGUCUUUAUAUGAGAUUUCUGUUUAUGUUAAGUCACCCUUGAGCCUUACAUCACAAGAAUGUCUAGAGUUAGUCAUUAGGUUCGUUGGAGAACUGGCAUAAAAACAUUUUAAAUAAACCUGAAAGUUCAAUCUA